AUGCAUCCGGACACAGAAAAAGGCCUCGCAUAUACUCUUCUUAUUGAGUUAUUUGCUUUGCAUAUCCCAUACAACGGAUCUAAUGCCCCCACGAACAUGAUGGAUCGCACAUGUAAUCAAUCUUAUGCGUCUAGUGACGAAGCGCGCGGUCUCCGCCAGAACUUCCUAGGCCCGCAAGGCGACUACUUUACGUUCGACGCAAUAGCCGAAAUUAUCUUCGGCAUGCGGUAUAAUGCUCUGAGAGAGCCAACCUACCGGUUUGUUGCCCACGCGCUGGAAGCCUCCAACGUCCGCAUCAAUGCUCUAGCACAGGCCCCCAUGCUGACCACGGGACGGCUAGACAAGAAUCCUUUUCCAAGUUCGAUCCGGGGAAGGAACCAAUUUCUCGGAUUUAUCAGCUCAUUAUUGCGAUGCUGCUCCAAGGCGUCGUUCUCAGACAAUGGCAACAUGUUCACAUUUUUAGAGACGACUAAGGACCCAGUCAAGGAAAAGAUGCUGAGCAAGUCAGAAAUCUGA